AUGUCGUAUAACAACUACAAUAACAGCAAUCGUCGUAACCAUUACAAUGGUUUUGGCCAGAAUCCUGGCCAGGGAUCAUACGCCGGGACAUCGACUACCAAUCAAGGCUCCAUGUCCUUGACCGGAGACCAACGCUCAUUUCCUGACCCAUUUGAGAGUGCCCCGCCGUUGUCCUUGACUGGAGAUGCAUUUCAUUUUAGUAAAAAUUUGCCCAACGAAGAUCCCACCAAGGUCCUUCUCGACUUGAAUGUCGCCAGCCAAAUCAAUGCUGCCCCUACCCGACAGAACCGUCCUCCUCGCAGCAUCUACCCUCAUCAGUUCCAUAACCGGGACAAUCCUCCUAUGACGCUCGAUGCAACCGGGACUGUGGUGGGAUAUCCCCUUCUCCCCGGCUCGACAGCUUACAAUGGUGGCAAUCCAGGCGCAACCCGGGGCUUUUACAACGAGAAUCAAAGGGAUGUCUAUAAUGUUGGGUACCAUGACACAACAAGACCCCCUAUUGGGCAUCACGGAGGUGGAGGUGGAGGCAGAGGAGGCAGAGGUGGAGGAGGAGGCAGAGGCCGUGGCGCAAGGCCCAGUCACCCUUUUACCAAUGCGAUGCUUAUACCGGCUGACCACGAGCUCCCCGAUGAUAAGACCAUGCCGGCUCUGACUGAGCAAAUGUUUCAGUUUGACCAGGCUCGGAACCUUCGUUGGGGCGACUACAGUAACGAAAACCAGCGCUAG